UACAGUAGAUCUAUGAAAACUAGGGAGUGUGGGAAUUAUGUCAGUCACAGUGGGGAUGCAGAGGAGGGAAAAGUUUCGAGAACCGCUCAGGAGGAAGAACGAACAGGACCUACUAUACGCCAGCUACAGAUUUACAUGGGCAACAAAACACGUGUCAGAUCCAGGAACUUGGGGGGAACCUUACAAUCUGAAGGUUUGUGUGGUGAGCCAUAAACCGAAACAUAUGACCAGUUGGAUAGUAUUGUGGCGUAUUUCAUGCAGACCUGAAAAAAAACCGACUCCUGUUUAUUUCUCAUCUUUGUAGUCUCCAGUACGGUCAAGACAGUUGUAUUUAUCUCUGGGAAGGAGCUGGAUGAAUUCUAAAGCAUCCAGACACCCCAGCCCUCUAGUCUAGAGUGCAGGCGAACCCCCAUCCGUCUGUUAUGGUGAGACUACCUGCCACGCCUGAUCUUGCGUUAUUUUUGCUUUUGUUUUUGUUAUCAAAUGUGUAAGACAGUCAUGAUUCAUCAACAGUUUGCUGUGCCAACCCCUUUCAGUGGAGACGUCCGUGUGGCAGUUUCAGCCUGACUUUGUUCUAAGUUCUGGAGCUGCUGUCUCUGUGGGAACCUGCAAAUCUGGAAAUUACAGUAGUACAAGAAAUGCCUUAUCCAGGCAAGGAGACAUGAAGCCUGGUUGUUUGAGGCAGGUUCGCUUGGUGCCUUGGUGAUUCUGAGAGGCGCAAUCCCUAAGUAGAAUCCCUUGAUAGAAAAUGAAGAAAAUCGGAGGAGAGCUCUGCUACUUCCCUGCCUCUCCCUUCAAACACAGAGGGUUUUUAUUUUGAAGGUUGAAAUCAUUAGGCCUGUUGGCAGACUUCGGAAGCAGCAAACAGAGUCAGAGACCAAACACUUAGAAGUUAUGCCUCAAAAAGGAGAAUGGGAAACGGAUCAAGCUCUAAUUUCACAGGGUAAUUUAGCACCCUUUACCCAAGACCUCGCCACGGCAGUUCCACCAGUGAGGACUGAGGAGCCACAAAGCAUCUAAAAUCCCAGCCCUUGGCUACUCUUGCAGCGUUGCUGAGGGAUCUGAAGGUUGAAGGUGAACAGGCUGAAAUCUUCCACGCCGUCCUAUUAGGGAGGGGAAAACACAGUCAACAGCGGCCUCAGAGUUUUUUAUAAUAAGGGGCUGAACUUCUCUGCGAUCCGGUAUCACUAACGCCAUUAAGUCGCAGUAGCAAGAUGAGAAAAUAAAAAUAAAAAGGGAAGGAGGCACAGUCCAGCGUGCACGUACACGGAAAACGGAUCUUCCCGGCGCCCGGGUGCUCGGCCAGUGGCCAGGGUCUUAGCAGAGAAGCCCCUUCCCGCAGGGAGGGCGCGACCACUGUGGCGCGAAGCCGGGGGGAUCCGGCGGGCGCGCGCGCUUCAAAGUGCCGCCGCCGCGGGCGCCCCCGUCCGCGGGCGCGAGUAGUACGGUCCGAGGGGGCGGCUCCUGGGGCGCGGCUCCGCCGCAGCUGAUGCGCGCCCAGCCGGCCGAGAGGCGGGAGCCGGGAGACGGGAGCCGGGCCGCAGGGACCGGGAGCAGCUGAGCCGCGGUGCAGCCAAGGCCGAGCCGCCGGGCGUCGUGGGCCCGGGCCCCGAGGAGGCCCCAGGAGAGGCAUCUCCCCCGCGGGAGUCGCCGGGCGCGGGGGCGCCGUGGCCGCACGUUCAGGAAAGAGGACGCGGAGGAAGCGGCGCUGCCAGCCGGAGGAGAGGAAGCGCUCCACCCGGGCCCCCGACGGCGCUCGUUUAACCACAUCCGCGCCUCCGCUGGAAACGCGUCCGGGCGCCUGUCACCGGUUCCCUCCAUUUUGAAAGGGAAAAAGGGCUCUCCCCUUUCCCAUCCUCCUAGGAGCCGGAGCCGGAGGAGCCGCGCUCAUGGCGUUCAGCCCCUGGCAGAUCCUGUCCCCAGUGCAGUGGGCGAAAUGGACGUGGUCCGCGGUGCGCGGCGGGGUCGCCGGAGAGGACGAGGCCGGAGGGCCCGAGGGCGACCCCGAGGAGGAGGACUCGCAAGCCGAGACCAAAUCCUUGAGUUUCAGCUCGGAUUCUGAAGGUAAUUUUGAGACCCCUGAAGCCGAAACGCCCAUCAGAUCACCUUGCAAGGAAUCCUGUGAUUCACACCUAGGACUGGCAGGCCCUGGGGCCAAAACCCAAGACUCACAAGAAGUGGACGAACAGCUGGUAGCAGAAGUGGUUGAAAAAUGGUCGCCCGAGGCUGGUUCUAGACCCUCAGAAAACGAGGCAGCUCAGCACACUACUGAGUCUUACUCAGUCAAGGGUUUCAGAGAAGAACCUGAACACGAUGUGAGCAAAAUCUCUGUCGUGAGGCCAUUUUCCGUAGAAACCAAGAAUUCCACGGCGCCCCGGGGGCCGCCUGGCCCAGCAGCGGCUCAUGGCUGCGUGGCCGCGGCCCUAGGCCAGGCCGGGCCCUGCCCCCGCGCUCCGGGCGCCGCCCAGGACCAGGCAAUGACCGAGGGCGCCAUGGGGUCCACGCUGGAGGCCUCGGCGGAAGCCGACCCGGAGGCGGGAAGCCCGUGUCCGGAGCCCGGGGCCAGCAGAAGCAGGCUGCGGAAGCCCAGGCCCGUCCCCCCGAGGAAGAAGGCGGCAGGCGGCGGGGUCUCCGAAGCCCACCCCGCCCCGGAGGGCGCGCAUCUUCCACGGGUGGACCGCCAGUCCGGUUCCGACGGAGAGGCUGGGAACGCCGCCACCCCUGCCCUGCUAGGAGGUGACAGGAGCCAGAAGUGUCCCCCCAACGUGAGGGAGACACCGUGUGCCCCCGGCGGAGACACCCGCGACUCAGGGGCUGAGCUGCCGGAGGCCGUGAGGGGCUCCCCUCUGAAACUGGAGUUUGACUUCACGGAAGACGUGGAGACUGUGGAGUCCAGGAAAGCCCUCCCGAGGAAACCCGGCCGGAAACCGGGCAGCAGGGUGACACCCAAGGUUCAGAAAGACGGCACCGGGGAGCCAGCAGGCGCCCCAGGGGCAGGGGUGUCCUCAGAGCCGGGUCCCCGCCCCUGUCCCGGGGAGAGCCCCGACUUCGGGCCCUUUGGGGGCCACUCCCCGCUGCAGCGCUCGCCCCUGCUCUCAGCUCAGGGCUCCUACCGCUUUGACCCAGAUCACUUUGACGAAUCCAUGGAUCCCUUUAAACCCGCUAUGACUUUAACGAGCAGUGACUUUGGUUCUCCCGCCGGUAGUCAUAUUAGUGAAAUCUUAGAAUCACCCAAGAAGGCAAAGUCGCGUUUGAUAACGACUACUGAACAAGUGAAAUUUCUCUGUUUUCUGUUGAGUGGCUGUAAGGUGAAGAAAUACGAAGCCCAGUCUCUUGCUUUGGAUGGGUGUUCUCAGGAUGAAGGAGCAGUGAUCUCCCAGAUUUCAGACAUUUCUAACAGGGAUGGCCAUGCUACCGACGAGGAGAAGCUGGCGUCCACGUCAUCUGGUCAGAAACCCAUUGGGGCCGAGGGGAAAGGCACUGAGAAGGAGACGUGCCAACAGAUGGAGAAGGAUGGACCCGCCGUGCCCGCACUGCUGGAGUCCCUGGGGGAGAAGGGCCCUGUGUCCGUGGCCUGUGGAGGGGAGAGCCCGCUGGACGGCAUCUGCCUCAGUGAAUCAGACAAGACCGCCGUGCUCACCCUGAUACGAGAAGAGAUAAUCACUAAAGAGAUGGAAGCAAACGAAUGGAAGAAAAAAUACGAAGAAACCCGACAAGAAGUCUUGGAGAUGAGGAAAAUUGUGGCUGAGUAUGAGAAGACCAUUGCCCAAAUGAUCGAAGAUGAACAGAGGACGAGUAUGACCUCUCAGAAGAGCUUCCAGCAGCUGACCAUGGAGAAGGAGCAGGCCCUGGCCGACCUAAACUCGGUGGAAAGGUCCCUCUCCGACCUGUUCAGGAGAUACGAGAACCUGAAAGGCGUCCUGGAAGGGUUCAAGAAGAAUGAAGAAGCCUUGAAAAAAUGUGCUCAGGAUUACUUAGCCAGAGUUAAACAAGAGGAGCAGCGGUACCAGGCCCUGAAAGUCCACGCGGAGGAAAAACUGGACAAAGCCAAUGAGGAGAUUGCUCAGGUUCGAACAAAAGCAAAGGCUGAGAGCGCCGCUCUCCACGCGGGGCUCCGGAAAGAGCAGAUGAAGGUGGAGUCCCUGGAAAGGGCCCUUCAGCAGAAGAACCAAGAAAUUGAAGAACUGACGAAAAUCUGUGACGAGCUGAUUGCAAAGCUGGGAAAGACGGACUGAGUUUCCCCUGUUAGCUCAGCAGAUCUGCAUUUGGCUGCUUCUCUCGUGACCACGAUUAUCUUGCCUUAUCCAGGAAUAAUUGCCCCUUUGCAGAGAAAAAAAAAAAACCACGGAACUUUACAAAAGCACAUACCUACCGCUGCCUGUCCCGCUUUGCUGCCGACGCACCUACCCGGGAGGCGCCGCUGGAGGAUUUACUGCGCAGCCGCUGAACGAGUGGCCUGACCGACCCGUCGGGCUCAGUGAGUCGGGCUCAGUGAGACAGGCUGCCCAGUCUGGGCGGGAUUCUCUAUCUUUGGUUUGUUUUAAAGUCAUCUUUACUUUCCCCAGGUGCGUUCAGUGUAUGAUUUUAUGGCUACUAUUUGGGACCAUAUCCUGUCCACCACCUGUCUGGUUUUUUAAAAAAUUUAUUUCAUCGUUUACAUUUAAUUUUCAAUAUUAGUGGUUUUAUUUGAGGAGAUGAUUUGGCCUAUUGUUACUUCCAGUUGAGUACCCAUUUAUACACACGUGCUCUCUCUCACACACACGCACGCAUGCACGCACGCACGCACAUUUAUAUAUGCUGCUGGGUUUUGUUUUGGUUUUUGUCCCUGAAGCAUAAUCAAAUAAGAACUUCUCUACAGAAGGGCAUAUUUCCAUAAAUGUAAAACCCUAUUUUGAAACAGAGUCCUUUCUCAGAAUGCCAACUUCAGAAUUUGGGGGGUUGGGGAGGUGAAGCCCCCAGACUCCAUGUCUGGCGUGACUCAUAACCUCAGACUCAGGUGUCACAUAAGGGAGACUGUUGGCUGUAGUGUCCUGUUGCCCCGUAUUUCGAUGCUCCUCAGCCUGGAUGCAGGCGGCCCCUCUGGAGUUAGUCCUCAGGCCCAGGGCAUCUACUUUGUGGGAUCCCUCACAGCUGGGGUUUGGCAAGUCUGUCCUAGCCCCAUCAGUCUCCUCCGCUUCCAUUUGUUGCUCCAAGAUGACAUUUGCUCUCUAUUUGGAAUAUGCAAAGGAAGUCUGCUUGUCAAAGGUUUAGAUGAUCUUAUUUAAUUAACCCCAUUAGCAAUCGUAAGGUGAAGCAAAAGUUGGAUUUUUCCAAGUGUGAUGCAUUGUUCUUCAGACUUUUCUUCCCCAAAGGCAAAAAAAAAAAAAACCUUGCAAACUUAAAGAUAGUAGAAUUUUCAACCAAAUGGGCAGGAAAAAUCGUGCAAGCACUCCAAAACUCAGUGCGUUUUGAAUAUUUUUAAACCAAGGCCAUUCGAAGACUGGAGGAGGGGAGUGCGGGGAGCAGAUCCCACUCACAAAACCAAAUUCCUCAGGCCGUUCCUGGCCUCCAUUCAGAGUGGCGGGGCCCUUAACCCCCAACUGGAAAUUUCCCGUGUGAGCCCCUCCCACUUGAUAGGCGAAACCAAAUCCACACAGGUGUUUUAAAGCACUCUCUUGUCUUAAUCUGAACACCCUGAGCGUCUUCACGGUGAUAACGCAUUAUCUCCAGUACACGUAAGUUUUCGUACUUUUCUUGUAAAACUACUGCAUGACCCAACUUCAGCAAUGAAUUGUGCCUCGUGGAGACCCGCUCUAGCUCUUUCGAGAUGACUUUUUCUUUAGCCGUGUACUGUUCACACGGUUGCAAUCUUUAGCUCCAGGGAGGUCAGUAAUGUCUUUUAAAGGCAGAAGUCCUGUUUAACCAAUAUGCAUUUCUCACAAUUGGUGCUUAGGCUGUAUUUUAAAGCCUACCGUCUUAACAUUUUGUACAAAAAAAACCAACAACAACAGAAAUGAUCUGUGUUUGGAGAAGUGAUGUGACAAUCAUUUGGGCCCUGAAAGCAGUCACGGGUUUGACGUGAGUGCCCUGCUACAGCCCUGUCCCUGGAGGAGCACGUGUCUCCAGGCAGUGUGAUUGCGGCCUCUUCCAAUCCUCCAUGACUAGAGAAACUCAUUUUGCGUUUUGCAGAAAGAAACGUUGCUAAACCUUUUUGCUGCUGUGUUUUGGUGACAUAUCCAUGUUUACCUGUUUCGUAUUGCUCUGUUUGACGCAUGAAAGGCUUAGUAUAGGGGUCUCUGUUAUAAACCUACAGUCCUCUCUUUUAGGCUUCUUGUGUAUAAAAAGGAAAAGUAGCUGUGUGUUGAAACAGAGGUGACGACAGUCUUUCCCAAGCACACUGGUGAGAAGAGACCCCUUAAAACUAGACCCUAGGGAGCAAAGUUGCUGCACAAGGCAAACGAAAAGGUCCUUAUUCAGUAAUACUUGCUACUGGCCUCUCAGCUAUGACCAUUACAGGGAAAUGGUCUUCCUUCUAAUUGAACAGAUGGAUUUUCUCCAACAAGAAGAAACAUGGAGCUUGUCCAGCUGGCAGAUCAAGAGAAUAUACUGGGCAGAAAGAAGUAUGUUUGUUUAUUUUUUAAAAAACACAAGGGGGAGAAAGAAACUUGUAGUAAUCUGGAGAGUAAGAAUGUGGCCUAGAAUUUUGCUUCAAAACAUGGGCGGGGCCAAGUUACUCGUAAGCUAGACAGUAAUACUCCCCGUGACAAACAUGAAGGGAAAAUGAGAGGAAGCCACUGGCCUGGACGGUGGUUUGGGAACACGAGUGGUCUUGUUGAGGCUCUGGAUCCAGAGCCAUAUCCUGAGUUUUUCAUUUUGCCAAAGUAUAAAUGGAUAGUCUUUACCUAAAAGUGUUUUAAUUGGAGGAUCUAUUGGAAGACAGACUGCACAGUUUGUCACUUGGUUGGCUAGUCAUUUACAGUCAGACCUCCCCAAAUUUACUUUAUUUGGAGACACUCCUGGAAGCCAGCGACCUGCCCAGACCUUCUGCGAAACCAUCCUGGAAACACCAAGAAGCCCAGUUUGCUUGCGUGGCUUCUAGCAUCUUCAGACCUAGUCCAAAUUAGGAAGUGUAGAAGCAUGUGAUGGUGAAAAACUCUGAGGACCUGGCAGCCUUCCAAGCUGAUAUGGAGUCCAAGGGAAGAUUUACCUUUCGUUUUGGAGGAUGGCUCAAGUUGAAUCUUCUUUCCAGCCAGUUACCUUUUUUUUACCUGUCCCACACUUUCUGCAACUCUCACACAAAUACUUAGAUACUUUAGUACUGGGCCUUGGAUUCUUACUGACUGAUUAUAAUCCAGCAGAGUAAACUGCCCCAAAUGUCCCUGGGCUGACUCAGUGCAGCCAGAGUGAAGCAUUUUACUGAAUGUUACUUUAUGAAAGCAUGUUACUUUCAUUUUACUGAAAGGUAACAGAGGACUUGAUGGCUCUAAAGCUCAAAAUGGACUUGUGAUGAGCAGGCAGUGGUGAGUCUGCGUGCACUAAAUGGAAAUGACUCAGCACGUCCUUUUUUAGUGGAGUAAAAUCCCUAAAGCUCCCUUUUGUUUUCCUUUUGGUUUUUUGCUGCAGUUGGUAGCCAUCUCAUGAAUUGUCCAUGACCGGUGUCUCUCUUUGUAGUUUUGUGACCAUGCAGGCUUGCUCUCGGACUUGGGUGGUUUCUUACUUUAUCCUCUUGUUGGGAAGAGAGAAACUAGGUGUUUGAAGGAUUAAAUGAUUCAAGCAAAGUGUUUUAGGGUAAAGAUGUAUAUAUUCUGAAGAAUUUAAAAGAUAGAUUAUUAUUUGCUUAUUAAAGAACAAAUAACAGUCUGGGAAUCCCAGAAUGUCAAGCCAAAAGUCUAUAGGGUCAUCUUCUUCAAAGAUUUUCAUAAAGAAUUAUUUUAAGGAGACUUCUGUCUAAAAAGGUUUGACUGGCCUCCAGAUUCCAGUGAUUUGAAGAAAGCAUCUUAUCACUCAAACCUUGAGUCUCCCAUGUAGUAAAGGCAAAGGAAUGGUCAUGAUAGAUUCUUCUGUCUAAGGAUCUCCUCUGGAAGAUUGUAUGAACAACAAUUUCCAGCAAAGACCCACCCCCUAGUGCCCAGAGCUAGCAUUCUGGAGACUAAAGAUUGCACUUUCCAUAGUUUUUUCGUCCAAAUGCAAUCCCAUUUCUGUGCCUCUUAGCAUGCAGUUAGAUUUGGACAAGCAAGAUUCCUAAGGAAUGACUUUAUUAACUAUAAUAUGGUUACAGCUACUGCAUAUAUAUAUACACAUAUAUAUACACACUCUCGUUAUAAUUGUACUAUGGAGAUGUCGCGUGCAAUGCUGGCCUGUGACGGUCCGUCUAGCGUCCUGACUCAGCCGGCGGAGACCAGGCCUGGUGCUGAGGUGUGGUCUGAACCUUCCCUGUAUCCAUUCAUCACUUUAGAACCUUGAAGAUGCCACUUUCUGUCCCUCUGCCUUUUAGCGGCAUCUGAAAUCUGCUCCACAGAGAAUCUCCCAGUCACGUUGUUAACUGAUGCUCUGUGAAUAAUUUUCAAGGGGACACAUAAAAGUACGAGCUCCAAAACCAGCCCCCGACCCAGUGCAGGAAGGUCUGCAGAUUUCACACGCUCAGCCUCAGGCUUGGUCCUUCCCACCCAGCGAGCCAGGAUCCAGGCAUUUCUUUGAAACCUCAGAGGUAGCAGCAACCUUUUCAGUGUCGCUUUUAGCAAGUGUGUGUUUGCCAAUAGAUACCCCUGUGUACUAACGUGCCAACAAGUAAAUGUUAAUUAAUUGCACAUCUGCUUCCACUGUGUCCCCACGGGUGCCACAAAGUGUGUGAGGAGCCUCGUCCAGAGGAAUCUAACGCUGCAUUGACUACUGCUAUCAGGAUUGUGUUGUGUGGAAUAAAUCAUCUACAUAAAUUUUAUAUGCACAAGUAAUUUCCCUUUUAUAUGUCAGGUAAAUAUUUGUAAAAGUUAUACUCACACAAAUGAAAUUAUUAUAAUGAUUACUAAUAUAUUUUUUCCAUGUUUCAUUGCCUGAAUAAAAACUGUUUAUCACUGUUA